UGCAGUAUAUUCUGUGAAGGGCUUUGACACGUCUUGAAAAAUCUUGGAGGUGGUGUUCGCCAACAAAACAACGUUUGAAGCAAGUUCUCCGCAGCGAGCUAUGAAGAGACUACACAAAGGCUACCUCGUCGCUCCUCUUCUCGUAAUCUGCAUUGUAUUAUACUUGCAAAAUGACUUCAAUCACUAUUUCCAACAAAGAUACCCUUUGAAAGAUAAAUACGAUGUGGAUUUUGAUAAUUCAAGUUUAAUCCCAGAUCCUGGGAUCAUGUUUGUGCAGACUACAAAUGAGAUGGAGCCGACACCACUGGCUCUAUGUGCCGUGGAAUCAGCUGCUCGGGAGAAUCCAGAUAAACCUGUUUAUUACUUUAUGAAGGGACUCAGCGGGAAUUUAUCACAAUAUCCAUUCCCUCAGUAUUUUGCUGCUCCCAUGCUUUCAUCAAUCAAGAACGUUGUAUUGGUUCCCUUGAAGCUCAAGGCAUUGUUUCAAAAUACCCCUUUGAGUUUCUGGUAUCAACAGGUAAAUUCAUCCCGGGAACAAUACUGGAUUCAUGUGCUCUCUGACGCCUGCAGGAUAGCACUUCUGUGGAAAUACGGUGGCAUCUACCUGGAUACAGAUAUUAUUUCCCUGAAGCCUUUGAAUUUCACAAACUUUAUCUGCUCACAAGGAAACAGUAUUGCCAAUAAUGCAGCCCUCGGUUUUCAGAAUCAGCAUCAAUUCAUGUGGGACUGCAUGGAAGACUUUGUCACCAACUACAAUGGGCAGAUCUGGGGUCAACAAGGUCCGGGACUGAUCAGUCGUGUGUUGAAACAAUGGUGUCAGUCUGAUAACCUUGACAAACUUCUUGACUUGCAAUGCAAUGGCAUUUCUUUCUUGUCUCCCAGAUACUUUUAUCCAAUUGCAUUCGCUGAGUGGCAGAGGUUCUUUCAGCCCUGGAAUAAGAACGAUAUUGAAUCCUUUUUCCCAGAUACAAAAGGGGUGCACAUCUGGAACUUCAUGAACAAGGGACAACAAAAACGAGUGGUUGCUGGAAGUGGGACAUUAAUAGAGCGUUUGUUUUUAAAGUAUUGUCCGACUACUUAUAAGGUUUUUGUAAAAUGUAGCAGCUUUAUAUAGUAAAUUUUGCACACGGAAGAGGUAAAUACGCGUUAUUGCAGCAUCAGCCUCCAACCAUAAUAUUCUUGUGUUGUAUGACACUGUGGAGGAUAAUGACAUACGGUAUACCUUGUAUCUUAUAUAUAAUGGACAACUGGGAGAUCAAUAAUAAUAAUAAUAAUUAUUCUUACAUUUAAUCUGGGCCUUUUCAUGUCUUCAAGAUGUUCCAAAGAACAUCACAGGAUAGACUGUAAAAUGGUGUGGAGGUGUGUCUUUUGUGGGGGAAUGUAAUGGUUUAUGAUUGCUUGUGAAACUUUGCCGUUGCAAAACAGCUGCCGUGUUUGAUUUGAAUAAAUAAUCACUAAAUUUGAGUUAUUGAGA